CGAUGUCGCAGCUUGCGGCUUCUUUAAUUGAAUUGUCAACAAUUACUAACAAGUGACUGUCAAAAUUGAAAAUAAUCCCCCUCCCCUUUUCCCAGAUUUUUUUAAAUACCAAAUUUUCGUAAUCCCCUUUUUGUACAGUGCAGCAAAAUGAACAUUGAAGAAACAUUUUGAUCCACAUUCGACAAAAUCCAUAACCUAAAAUUUUUAAUUCUCCAGCCGAAGUCGAACAAAAGCGUUUUUAUGGGUUCAAAUUAUGGCACAGCCCUUUCGCAUAUCAUCCUGGCAGGUACAGGCGUUUAUUGCUACCUUGCAGUCAAGGAUUCUCCUCACUUUUUUGCACAGUGUUCCUUUGGGGUUAUCGUAGCAAACUCUCUGUUAGGGGUCUGGAGAUGGGGAAAUCCCUCAUAUGGCUACGACGCGGACAGCAUAUAUCGUAUGACCUCGGUCGUACAAGACGUCGUGGCUUUACCUUUUAUAGCAUGCGAAACGUUGCUGAACUAUGGUUAUCAGAAAGAGAUGGCGUACUGUGACGCGGCGAUGUCAGCUUUACCUUUGCUUCUCUACUUCGCCGACAGGGAUUCUGACGAUUUGCUGGGCCUUGUUAUCCUCGCGAAUGCUCUCGGCUUUGGGGUGCUGUCGUUUAUGAAUCAAAAUUAUUUUGGGAUUGCAGCAAGCGUUUCAUACAUAUUCGCUCAUUUUUCGAUCAGGAAAAACUACCGAUCUUACUUCGACAUUCAUUCUCAGGACUUAUACAAUUAUGCGUUAUGCUUCUAUGCAUAUUUCGCUAUAAGGGCUGUUUUAGAUUGAAGACACUAACAAGAAGACUUACAUUUUUAGAAAAAGCGCUAUUUUGUACAUUUUUUUAACGAAUAUAAUGUGACUACGAAUUUAGCGAUGUUUUCAGUUUUAUAUUUGAACAGAUUGUAUAUAGAUUUUGCAGGUAAAGAUGAAGUUUUCCUUCAAUUUACUCAUUUUGAUGAGAGAAGUCACAUCGUGUAGAUUGAUAUUAAAAGAAUGACAAAUUCGAAAACUAGAGAGCGUGAAUUCCUUUGCGUAAAAUAUUUCAUACGUGUAAGAAACGACGCCUAUAUUCAAAGAGCCUAAUUUUUUAGUUUUUCCAGCGUUCAACUAGUUUUUUAUGAUUAUAGCUGUGUUUAUCUAUGGCAGUAGAUAUUUCGAGUUAUAUAAACCCUAUCUUGGAAAACUAUCCUCACAAAAAAUAUGUAAUAACUUACCUACAAGAAAGAAGUUUUCGAAUAUAUUGUACAUAAAUAUAUGAAAAUGAGUACAAAAUUCCUCUAAAGUGAUAUUACUGUACGCAUUUGAAGUCGCUCGUAUUUGUAGAUCAAUUAUUAUAAUCACGCAUUAUAUGUUGGUGUUGAUCACUGUUUAAAGCUUGUAUUAUAUGAGUUCUUAAGAGACAUAUGUAGUCUUUAUAUACUGAAAAUAUAUAUUUUACUACUCUUAUAUAUCUGAAUGUGCCAAAGCUUUUGUGAAGUGUCCACUCAGUACUUUUCGCGAACAUUGCACCGAAAUUAACACAGGCCUAGAAUGUUGAAUUUGUCUGAAAUAUUUUUUAUACCAGUUUCUUACAUUUUCUUACACCUUGUAGGUGAUAUUAAAACAAUGAUAUAAGAAAUCGAAUGAAAAUAGUGAAUCGCCUUAAAAGAAACAGACUGAAUAUCUUUGGUUUCACUAUCAAAACACUGUUAAUUUUAAUGUAAAUUCUGUAACUUAUCACGUGGUUUUUAUGUUCAUAAGACUCCAUUGUCUGUGGGUUUUUAGUGUUGGUCACUUAUUACGCAUUGUAUAUGAAAAAAUUAAAAACAAAAAUUUUAGCCAAUUGGAGCAUGUUAUUUCUACAUUUUUCUUAAUGGAAAGCAGUAUAGUUCAUUGCAUAUUUGGAUUGCUUAUUUUUAAAUAGAUAUAUGUGAUUUUGAUUGGGGUGGACAAUGGAGUCUUUCUUGUCAUGUUUUACAAUAAUCGUUUUCGCUUAUGUCUUGCCAUAUAUGGAUUCCAGCACGAAAACGUACUUGCAUAUUUUUGCUCACAGUUUGUACUUUUGAGCUUCCGAGCCGAAAUCAAUAGUAUCAUCUAUUUUUGAAUGGCAAGAUUUUUGUUUUCUGUAUUUUCUUCUAUAGUUUUUACCGAUUAAUAUGCUAUAUAUGAUAUAAUUACGUGACUGUUAGCUUUAUAAUGUAUGCAUAUCAUUGUUGUAUUAUGUCUAUUUUUGUAUACAAAUUUUAAAUGUACCUACGACUUACAGAGAAAUAUACUAUAUUCAUUACAAUA